CAAGUAUCGUUGCUUUUAUCGUGUAUCACAGCUCCAAUAUAAACACGACCUUAGGCACGUUCCUUAUGCUUGGCGCCACGCCAUCUUGAAUAGUCACAUGGUUUGGAUUGCCUAAUUUUCUAACAAUAAUAUUAUGAUUAUGAUGGCUUUUUGCAAACAGCUGUACAGAUAUUUUCUAUUAAAUGACUCACAUCUUGAAAAUGUUCAACAAUUUAUAAAUUUUGAAAGUUAAUAGUCUGUUAAUCUGGUUUGAAACUAAUGAAACUGGAAAAAUAAUCUUAUUUUUAAUAAAAUAGGAAGUUGAUGACAUGGGUAUCGCGUGAAACUUAAUAACCGAGAUUCAACAAAGAAAAAAAUGUCUGCAUUUCCAAGGUUUAUUCAAGGUAGCAAUAGUAAAAAAUACUAGACACCUGUUACUUGGUAAAUGUCUGUGACAUAAGUGUUAUUAUUGCAUUGCUAAAUAUUUCACACAACUGCAUGCUUGUCCCAUGGUGAAACAUAUUUCUCGAGAUAUUUCUUCAACUCGGCUAUUAAUUCCUGAUCUGGACUCGUUAUUGCCUAGCUGUAGAUACAGAGUAUCAACAGACCCAACUACUUUUUUAUUUGUGAUUGUAUCAAUUUAAAAGCAAUGCAUGACCUUUAUAGUUUGUAGUAUUGAAUGUAAGGAUAAGAAUAACCCAGUUGCUAUUUGCCUAUAAAAUAUCUGCUGCCCAACUGUGGGCAAGAGUUAAUCGUCUUCCACUGGGCAUAGAUGGGUUCACUUUGUUCACAAGGAAAGAUUGCUAUAGGAAUACCGUAUUUUAUUUUAUCAGAGACUUAGCUGGAGUAUUUGCAAACCCUCUCGCACUGGUGCAAACUUAAGCACUGGACAAAGACCCCUAAACCCUAUAGAAAUUAUUAUAUAUUAUCCCAACGGUUGUAGCCUAUAGAGAAGCUAUUGUCAUUUUGGGACUUGGCUUGAAAGGAAAAUAUGAAUAAAUUAUUGAAAAGUGUCCGUUUAACAUCAAGUAAAAAGGACGAUAUUAUUAAAGAAUCGAUUACUACCAAUCUCUCAAACACAGUAAAGGAAAUCCAAUAUGCUAGUGUUGAAGAAAACAUAUCAAAUAAAGUGAUCGAUAUGGCUGAAGCAGCCAAUCAGCUGUGUACUAUUAUUGAGGCUAUAUUUUUACAUGGUUUGAGAGACUCUUUAACUCAUAGAUUUAAAAGGGUUUUAGCGGAUAUUGAUGAAAAACCUGAGCCCCCUAAUUUUUGGUCUCCUCUUCUUGUUAUUUCCCAUAGACAAAUCAUUGAUCAGAUAACGAAGUUGAACCUUAUAAAUACAGAGGUGGGACAAUGCAGAGCGUGGGUACGACUAGCCUUGAACGACUGCCUUUUAUCAUCUUACCUAAUGACAAUUCGACAGGACUUAUCAGCUUUAAGAUCAUAUUACAAUCCCCAAGCCUAUGUUCGUGAUAGUGACUUACUAGAUGUAGCUCAAAGGCUCAUCGAAGGUGUUGAAGCAUGUAAAACAUUUACUUUGCCUAGUAAUUCCAGCCUUUUGAACAGUUGGCAACUCCAAAGUUUAGUUUUAGCUGGUAUUUGGUCGCCAACUUUAAAAAACUGCCCACUUGCACCAUGUGAUGAUGUCGCUAUGAUUAUAGAAGAAGAUAGCAAACAGUGGCGAAUAGAAGAAGCUUCUGAUACAGCUUCAUUAUAUUCUUCUGAGUCUUUUGGAUCACAAGCAUCAGGAUUAAGGCAAGUUGUUGCUUUAUCAGAAGAUGAUGUUCUUAAAAUAAUUCUCGCAAAAGAUAAGAACGAAAGUGCUUUGGAAGUGCCUUCUUCGUCUUCCUAUAUCACUAUUGAAAAAGAACCAAAUAAGGGAAUUAUAGAAGAUAGCAUUAAUCAUAAUAUAGGAAAUUCAUUGAAUAGAACUGGCUGGUCAUUUGAUGAAACUGAAGAGAAGAAAGAAAUAGCCAUAGAGAAUAUACCAAAUCAGAUACAAGGUAAAAAGGAAAUGACAAAAUCAAUUGAAGCAAGUUUCACUGCUCUUGUGGAAAGUUAUGAUCUGGUAGGGGGCAAUUAUAUAAGAACACCUGACCUUAGGGGAUUAUGGCAGAAGUUUGAAGAUAAAAGGAAUGGUGAUAUUAGUUCAAGUCCUACAGAAAGCAAUGCUGAGACAGCAAUUUCACCAUUAUCGAUGACAACCCUUGUUAGGUCAGAGUCAACAUCUUUAACUGCUAACCUUUUUAAAAUUGCUCUGGAAAAGGGACUGGAUGCGCAGAAUUUUGAGUGUGCGGAUUGCAAAACACCAUUUGGUGAGCAAAAAUACCAGGUUUGCAGUUAUACUGGUAAAUAUUUUUGUUCACAAUGUAUGAGCACUGAAGAAAUAGGGAUACCAGCAAGGAUAAUAUGCAACUGGGACUUUAAACCUUAUUCUGUAUCUCGCAAAAGUUUUGAUUAUAUUAACGAAAUAAAGGAUCAUCCUUUGAUAGAUUUCAAGAUCGCUAAUCCAUAUAUUUAUGGGGCAGCUGAAGAAAUGGCUCAGUUACAAACAUUAAGGACGCAAUUGAAUUUUUUAAGAGCCUACCUAUAUACUUGUAGAGAUCCUAUCAUUGAACAAUUUCAAAAACAAAUGUGGCCAAGAGAGUAUAUGUAUGAACACAUCCAUCAAUAUUCAAUAUCAGACCUUGACGAAAUUCAAAAUAAUGUUUUGGCCCAACAUUUAGAAGAUGUUAUAAAGUUUGGUCGAAAUCAUGUAUCCAGUUGUUGGCUAUGCAGUCAGAAAGGUUUUGUCUGUGAAGUGUGUACCAAUCCAAAAGCAUUGUUUCCUUUUGAUGUAGAAAAUGUAUUCAGGUGUGCUACUUGUAAUGCCGUGUAUCAUAAAAAUUGCCUUAAUCCUUCAAAACCAUGUCCGAAAUGUGAACGAAGAAAGAAACGGGAAGAAUUACCUCUUCUUGGUGCUAUAGGAGUAGAAUGAGCGAUCUAAUAAACUGUGUUAGAGAAACAGAUAUAAAAUCUUAGGUAGUGUUUUGUUGUAUAUAUACAAAGACUAAAUCGUAUUUUUCCUAACUCUGUACAUAUUGCCAUAUUUUUAUGACUUCCUAACAUUGUAAAUUGUUAUAAUUUUGGUUAGAGUGUAGACAGUUAACUUUACAAACAAUACAAAAUCCAGAAUUCUAGAAAUGCCAAAGUUUUGUUCAACCUCUAGUCGUUCUCUUUCAAUGCUGGAAUACAAAGAGGGAGGGUGUAUUAUUCAUCUGCUACUUGGUUGUCUUGCAUAUAACACGCCACUUCAUUGGCAAGAUUUUUAUUUUUCCUGUAUUUGCAUUUUUGCACAAAUGAAUUUCUGGAGUAUAUUUAGAUUUUGGAAACCACAACCCCUGAUAAUAUUCGUCCAAUCAACAUGCAACAACCUCUUUGCCUACUGUUCCGACAAAAGUGUUGUUUCAAGGCUAAAGUAAUACUGAUUCACAAAACAGGGGAAUACCAUACCCCCAAGCCAUUAGCCUCUCCUUUUUCUGAUUAAGCAUCACAUAUCAGAAAAUACCAUUCUGCCAGGAGCGCAGUUUGGUUUUAGGGCCGGGCUCAGUAACAUAAAAACUACGAGGCUGGUAACUAGUAUCAUGAAUAUCAUGCAAGGAUUUAAAAAAAAAAUAGCAAAGCUUUUAUCAGGGUCUGGCAUAACAACCCUGGUAAUUAAGAUGAUCAGCGUGGUACUUCCAGCGACUUAAUUAGAAUGCCUAAGAAGUUCUUAGUCCAAAAGAAUCUUUGUGCUUUCGCAUAUUACCAUCAAUGUUCUUUGCACAUCAUCAGGUCAGGGGUUCCCCACUCUUGUCUAAGCUACACAAUGUUUUUACUCAUGAAAUUCCUGAUGAUACAGGGGUCACAGAGACUUCAAAACACAGGGACCUCUCCAAAAUGUACCGUUGAAUUUCUGAUUGGAAAAUCUAGAUCAACAGUAACAAAAACAUAGGCAAUAUUAUUCACCCGGGGUAGGCCAAGGGUGGACCGCAGAUAUCGAUUCGCUCAAACCGCUAUUAGAAUGAGGGAAAUGUAAAAUACUGAAAUGAAAUGAAAUUAAAUAUUUAUUACUAUUAGCCUUAAAGCUACUUCUUACAAUAUUAUCAUAGGUAAUAAUUUUUGGUUGAAUAAGCACUUAAGUAAGUUUAACAUAAAACCUAACUUAACUAAACCGUGAGAGACAAUCAAAACAUUUACAGUAACAAGAGGGAAAAAAGUCUUAACAAUUAUUAACAAUUAAAUUUUUAGUUUUUCUCAAGAUAAAAUUGCUUUAGUUUUCUUAUAAACAGUUGGUUAUGUUUUUUGCCUCUAACGGUGAGACUGAAGAUACAAUGACAAAUACAAGGUACAAGUGACAAUAGACAAAAAUAUAACACGUGUAUCAAUGCUAUAACCCAGAAUAAAUACAUACAGGAUACAAUUCAUUUGCCACGCCACGAUACAAAAUUUCGAUUUUUUGGUAUUUUGUAUCUGUCACUUGUAUCUUGUAUUUGUCAUUGUGUCCUCAGCUUAACGCAUUAAAAUAUCUCAAGCCAUCACUAAAAAGACUUUUCUACAGGUAUGAGUCGUUCUGGAAAAUUAGAUAUUCAAAUUAUGUUUUGAUUUAACAUUGUAUAAGUGUUUUUCUGAUCUUGGAAUAACAGUUUCUUGUAGAUAUUCAGGCAAUAAAUAAUUUUUAAUUUCAUAAAUGAUCAGAAUAUUGGCCGCCUCAAUACUUUGCUGUAGUGAAAGCCAUCCUAGAGACGUUAACAUCCAAGUGAUUGAGGGUAAUCAUUGUCAAAACUCUAAGAUGGGCUCUAAAUACCAGAUAUUUAAUAAGGUCUUCAUUGAAUCGAUAUUUUCUGAUAAAGCAGUUACGUGGGUGCCUGCUCAAAUACAUAAGAAGAAUCGACAAAUUUUAAGACUUUGUGAGUAGGUAUAUAAGUACUCCAAUAUUUCUGUGAAGUUCAUUUCGGGGACAACGCCUAUAUAAAUUUAAAUAUGCGACAUUUCCACAACGAUCAAAUCCUGUGAACAUUUUUUUCUCCACUAUCCCACUCUCCAACCCCCUUCUUCCCAGCCGAAACAAACCCUAGCCUAGAUAACUCACAGCAAAGAUAUUUAGAUGAAAAGGCC